AUGAGUGGAUUGUUGGUGUGCGCCCUCAUGGCAGCGCUAGUGGGGGUUGGUUUGACAUCGCCCGUGUCCAAGUCGGAUGACAACACCAAACAGGGUGGGAUACUGCCACAGCUACUGGCCAGGAGGGAGGCAGUGAGGAAUGCUGCAGAGAACGUCGCUAGGCGGGAGCAAGACACUCAAAUGAGCAUGGCACGGAUGGAGAGGAUGGCGCACCUGUCGGAGGACCAGCGCGAGUUGAUGUCCAAGCAAAUCAUACAGGCCAUCUCAGGUACGUGGUGAGUGUGAGUGUGAGUGUGAGUGUAGGUGUGAGUGUGAGUGUAAGUGAGAGUGAGAGUGAGAGUGAGAGUGAGAGUGUGAGUGAGAGUGAGAGUGAGAGUGAGAGUGAGAGUGAGAGUGAGAGUGAGAGUGAGAGUGAGAGUGAGAGUGAGAGUGAGAGUGGAGUGAGAGUGUGAGUGAGAGUAGGAGUGAGAGUGAGAGUGAGAGAGAAAGAGAGACACCCACAUCUACCGUGGCAAAUGUGAAGUGUAUCGUCGUUCGGUUGAGCACUUAAACGCACAUUUAACUUUUCUGUUUGGUUCAUAUAAGUUUGUAUUGUUCGCAGAGAUGAUGAACGAGUGUUAGGACCGGGACUACCAAGGAUGGGUAGAUUUUGGACGGCGGAGUGCAGAGUAGAGACGUACCACAAGCCAACUGAGGAACGUCUGCCUGCACUGGCGUUACUCAGGAAUCCAUCCCUAUUUGAAAUAUAUUGUAUAUAAUCAUUGGCUUACGUCAUGACUUUUAAUCCAAGUGUCAUAAUAAACACGUUUGCAGUAUAUACGUCUACAGGCAUUUCUUGAUUUCAUUAGGACAUGGGCCGGUUUCCACUAAGGACAUGCGCUGGUUUCCCGGAAACAAAAUCUACAUUGAGUGUUCAUUUUAGUUUAGGACAAGGCUUAAUGUGUCCAGGAAACCGGCCCUUCGAGUAGAAAAAUAACACACAUGCACGUGUGUCUGAUGGAAAUAAAAUGUACUUUUUAAUUUACAGGUGGUACAAUUUAUAAACACAUACAACUCAGUGAUUAUAACAAAGAAUUCAGCAAAGAGUCCAUUUCAACAUCUGAAACAUAUGCAUUGCUGUUUGGUUCAUUUUCUUCCGACUAUAAAUUGUUAUCAUUUGCUAUAAUUUUCCCCUUUUGAUCUGCAGUAUCCUAUGCCUUUUAUAUACAAUUGAUUGUCCAGACAGCCGAAAGAGCAUCCCAAAAAAAAACAUGCAGUCCAUGAUCAUUUGGUUUUGUACCUUUCUUUUCUCGGGUGACACCUUGCUUGCAUCUUUUUGUUUCUUCAUUACAUUUUACAUUUACAUUUUAGUCAUUUAGCAGACGCUCUUAACCAGAGCGACUUACAGGAGCAAUUAGGGUUAAGUGCCUUGCUCAAGGGCACAUUAACGUCAUUUAGCAGACACUCUUAGCCAGAGCGACUCACAAAUUGGUGCGUUCACCCUAUAGCCAGUGGGAUAACCACUUUACAAUUUGGGGGGGGGGGGGGGGGGGGGAUUAGAAGGAAUACUUUAGCCUAUCCCAGGUAUUCCUUAAAGAGGUGGGGUUUCAAAUGUCUCCGGAAGGUGGUGAGUGACUCCGCUGUCCUGGCGUCGUGAGGGAGCUUGUUCCACCAUUGGGGUGCCAGAGCAGCGAACAGUUUUGACUGGGCUGAGCGGGAGCUGUGCUUCCGCAGAGGAAGGGGAGCCAGCAGGCCAGAGGUGGAUGAACGCAAUGUCCUCGUUUGGGUGUAGGGACUGAUCAGAGCCUGAAGGUACAGGGGUGCCGUUCCCCUCACUGCUCCAAAGGCAAGCACCAUGGUCUUGUAGCGGAUGCGAGCUUCAAUUGGAAGCCAGUGGAGUGUGCGGAGGAGGGGGGUGACGUGAGAGAACUUGGGAAGGUUGAACACCAGACGGGCUGCGGCAUUCUGGAUGAGUUGUAGGGGUUUAAUGGCACAGGCAGGGAGCCCAGCCAACAGCGAGUUGCAGUAGUCCAGACGGGAGAUGACAAGUGCCUGGACCAGGACCUGCGCCGCUUCCUGUGUAAGGCAGGGUCGCACUCUCCGAAUGUUGUAAAGCAUGAACCUGCAGGAGCGGGUCACCGCCUUGAUGUUGGCGGAGAACGACAGGGUGUUGUCCAGGGUCACGCCUAGGCUCUUCGCACUCUGGGAGGAGGACACAGCGGAGUUGUCUACCGUGAUGGCGAGAUCAUGGAACGGGCAGUCCUUCCCCGGGAGGAAGAGCAGCUCCGUCUUGCCAGGGUUCAGCUUGAGGUGGUGAUCCGUCAUCCAUACUGAUAUGUCUGCCAGACAUGCAGAGAUGCGAUUCGCCACCUGGUUAUCAGAAGGGGGAAAGGAGAAGAUUAGUUGUGUAUCGUCAGCGUAGCAAUGAUAGGAAAGGCCAUGUGAGGAUAUGACAGAGCCAAGUGACUUGGUGUAUAGGGAGAAAAGGAGAGGGCCCAGAACCGAUCCCUGGGGGACACCAGUGGUGAGAGCACGUGGUGCGGAGACAGCUUCCCGCCACGCCACUUGGUAGGAGCGACCGGUCAGGUAGGACGCAAUCCAGGAGUGAGCCGCGCCGGAGAUGCCCAUUUCGGAGAGGGUGGAGAGGAGGAUCUGAUGGUUCACAGUAUCAAAGGCAGCAGACAGGUCUAGAAGGACAAGAGCAGAGGAGAGAGAGUUAGCUUUAGCAGUGCGGAGAGUCUCUGUGACACAGAGAAGAGCAGUCUCAGUUGAAUGACCAGUCCUGAAACCUGAUUGGUUUGGAUCAAGAAGGUCAUUCUGAGAGAGAUAGCAAGAGAGUUGGCUAAAGACGGCACGCUCAAUAGUUUUGGAAAGAAAAGAAAGAAGGGAUACUGGUCUGUAGUUGUUGACAUCAGUGGGGUCGAGUGUUGGUUUUUUGAGAAGGGGAGUAACUCUCGCUCUCUUGAAGACGGAAGGGACAUGGCCAGCGGUCAAGGAUGAGUUGAUCAGCGAGGUGAGGUAGGGGAGAAGGUCACCGGAGAUGGUCUGGAGAAGGGAGGAGGGGAUGGGGUCAAGCGGGCAGGUUGUUGGGCGGCCUGCAGUCACAAGUCGCAGGAUCUUAUCUGGAGAGAGAGGGGAGAAAGAAGUCAAAGCAUAGGGUAGGGCAGUGUGAGCAGGACCAGCAGUGUCAUUAGACUUAACAAACAAGGAUCGGAUGUCGUCAACCUUCUUUUCAAAGUGGUUGACGAAGUCAUCCACAGAGAGAGAGGAGGGGGGGGGGGGGGGGGGGGGGGGAGGAUUCAGGAGGGAGGAAAAUGUGGCAAAGAGCUUCCUAGGGUUAGAGGCAGAUGCUUGGAAUUUAGAGUGGUAGAAGGUGGCCUUAGCAGCAGAAACAGAUGAAGAAAAUGUAGAGAGGAGGGAGUGAAAAGAUGCCAGGUCGGCAGGGAAUUUAGUUUUCUUCCAUUUCCGCUCCGCUGCCCGGAGCUCUGUUCUGUGAGCUCGCAAUGAGUCAUCAAGCCACGGAGCUGGAGGGGAGGACCGAGCCGGCCGGGAGGAUAGGGGACACAGAGAGUCAAAGGAUGCAGAAAGGGAGGAGAGGAGGGUUGAGGAGGCAGAAUCAGGAGAUUGGAGGGAGAAGGAUUGAGCAGAGGGAAGAGAUGAUAGGAUGGAAGAGGAGAGAGUAGUGGGAGAGAGAGAGCGAAGGUUGCGGCGGCGCAUUACCAUCUGUGUAGGGGCAGAGUGAGUAGUGUGGGAGGAGAGUGAGAGAGAAAAGGAAACAAAGUAGUGGUCGGAGACUUGGAGGGGAGUUGCAGUGAGAUUAGUAGAGGAGCAGCAUCUAGUGAAGAUGAGGUCAAGCGUAUUGCCUGCCUUGUGAGUAGGGGGGGACGGUGAGAGGGUGAGGUCAAAAGAGGAGAGGAGUGGAAAGAAGGAGGCAGAGAGAAAUGAGUCAAAUGUGGACAUAGGGAGGUUGAAAUCCCCCAAAACUGUGAGGGGUGAGCCAUCCUCAGGGAAGGAACUUAUCAAGGCGUCAAGCUCAUUGAUGAACUCUCCAAGGGAACCUGGAGGGCGAUAGAUGACAAGGAUAUUAAGCUUAAAUGGGCUAGUGACUGUGACAGCAUGGAAUUCAAAUGAGGAGAUAGACAGAUGGGUUAGGGGAAAAAUUGAGAAUGUCCACUUGGGAGAGAUGAGGAUUCCUGUACCACCACCCCUCUGACCAGAUGCUCUCGGGGUAUGCGAGAACACAUGGUCAGACGAGGAGAGAGCAGUAGGAGUAGCGGUGUUUUCAGUGGUGAUCCAUGUUUCCGUCAGCGCCAGGAAGUCGAGGGACUGGAGGUUGGCAUAGGCUGGGAUGAAGUCAGCUUUGUUGGCAGCAGAACGGCAGUUCCAGAGGCUGCCUGCGACCUGGAACUCCACGUGGGUGGUGCGUGCAGGGACCACCAGAUUGGAGAGGCAGCAGCCACGCGGUGUGGUGCGUUUGUGUAGCCUGUGCAGAGAGGAGAGAACAGGGAUAGGCAGAGGCAUAGUUGACAGGCUGUAGCAAAUGGCUACAAAAAUGCAGAGGAGAUCGGAAUGAAAUGGGCUAAGCAUCUGGGAGCGGAGAGAGCAGGGCCUCCCUCACCAAAACUUCUACCUCGGAAACUAAGAUUGUUUCACUGAACCACCCGAAGAAAAAACUCUCCCAACUUCCGCCUUUGGAAAUCAGAAUUGUUGUGAACCACAGCGGUUCAAUGUUUAAAGGAAUAGACUCAACCCACUUUGUUCAGGUAGCCAACUAUGACUCCAUAGCCAACUAGCAGACUAGCAUCCAAUAACAAUAACACACCGUUUAGCGCCAACACUUGGUCACAACAAACCACCAAUAUUGUGAUAACACACUAAACAGAUCAUUCGUGUCUGUGUCAAGUUCCUUACAUGACGCAGCAAUGAUUAGACGUUGGCUAGCUAGGACAAGUAAAUUGUGGUUAGCUACUACAGUACAGCCAGAUGGUCAUGUUGGGUAGCUAGCAAUGGCCACUGUGUCGACUCUGUUUGAAGAACGGCUAGCUAGCUAGCUUCGUGCUACAGCUGGCACGGCCGAGGACACUGCCAAGACACAGUAACUACCCACAACAACCCACGAAGCCUAGCUAUGACGCCGCAGCCAACCUGCAAGCUAGCAUCCAUUAACACACAACUUAGCAUCAACACCUGGCCACAACAAGCUGCCAAGAGUGUGUCAGCACACCAAACAGACAAUUCAAGUCCGUGUCGAGUUCCCUUCACAACGCAGCAAAAAAAAAAAUAAUAAUAAUAAUUAAACGUUGGAACCAGCUCUCCAGCGUUGCUAAUCGUUACCAAUAGCUACCCGCUAGCUAGCUAGCUUCGUGCCUCGAUACUAACCCACAAUUACCCACGGAAAGCUACAAUAACAACAAUACUAACCUACAAUAAAUACAAUACCUAACUACAGCUAACUACCUACCUACGAUCUAAUACAUGGUUAAGCAAAAGUUAAACGUUGGGUAGGACUACAUUACCGUUGGAGCCAGCUCUCCAGCGUUGCUAAUCGUUACCAAUAGCUACCCGCUAGCUAGCUAGCCUCGUGCCUCGAUACUAAUCCACAAUUACCCACGGAAAGCUACAACAACCACAAUACUAACCUACAAUAAAUUCAAUACCUAACUACAGCUAACUACCUACCUACGAUCUAAUACAUGGUUAAGCAAAAGUUAAACGUUGGGUAGGACUACAUUACCGUUGGAACCAGCUCUCCAGCGUUGCUGGUGGAACUACCCGCCCUCCAAGACACAUACAGCACCCGAUGUCACUUCAUAAGGUAUCCCACUCAGUACAAUCACAUUGGAGGAAUUCACUUUGAAUGCACAACUUCAUUUUUUCAUACAGCACACUUUCAUUAUUCCUUAUGAUAUGAAUAGCAUUUGUACCAACAAUACUUUAGUUUAAGGUCUGUUAACACAGAUCCAGCACAUAGACUAGUGUCGAGACCUUUUACUGUCCCCUUCUGUUGUCUUUGAUACAACAUGGUAGACUACCUGAAUGCUUUUGGUGAGGUUCGAAUAAAUGCACAAGUUUACAAUGACUGACAUAAUUGACAGCAUUUCGAAGUAAAGCAUUUUACAAUGACUUGCAGCAGGUGAUGUGUGAUGCCAUACAAACGCACAGUACUGCUAGUGCUAAAUGAGGACAUUUGGGAAAGAGCAGAGUAGUAUACCUCAGUGAAUGUCAAUAAUGUCACAAACUUUCAGUAAGUUCAGUCAGUGUAUCAGUCUCUCCACCAUUCUGUAAUGGGGAGUGAUUGAAGUGUUAGUGGUUUUACCACAGUAAAGUGAAUGUGGUUAAUACCCACAAAUGCUUCAUUUUCUAAUAGCAGCUAUAUAUUGCAAAAGGACAUACUGAAUUCCAGUGCAUCUUGUUUUCUUUUAGUGUGACAAACUAACCGCUGUGGUCAGUUUGGUGGUUCUUAAAAAACGAUACCUUGAAUCUUUCCCAACAUAAUGAAAAGGUAAUGUGAUUGUAUUUGAAGGUAAAAAAUAAAUUAUAUUUGAAAACAUAUGGUGGGGUUCUUUCUAAAAAAAAAAAACACCACGAGAAGCACCAUUCCCUUACUUUCAUACCGUGUAAAACCAUCGACACGCACAAAACACAGGUAGAAAAAAGCAACGCAUGUUUCUCAUCUUUUUAUUUUAUUAAAAAACAAAAACCCGCAAGUGUUCAAGCCAGCCGGAGCGUUGAUCAGGUGAUUCUCCUGAGAAUGAUCAUGAUGUCACACAUUGUCGUGGAGACCUAGUAUCUACAAUACAUGAGUCCAUUACAAAAAGAAGAGUGACUGUACACGUAACAUAAACUCCAAAUAUGGCUCUAUGGUUCUUCCGAGGCUCCAUUUUACAAUGUAUUGCUGUGGGCCCGAAACACAAAAUGGCGGAACGUUGGCAUAGCCAGCAUGUGGGUUGAAGUCAAUGACGAUUGAGGAGGAACGGGAGAAGGAGGGGGGAGGGAGUUCUCCCAGUUGUUCUCAGACUCUAGGUGGAUGUCUGUAUUGCCUUGACUGCUUCUCUCUCCUCUCCGUUCUCUCUGUUUGUUCAAGGAUCUAGCGUGGGGGUAUGAUCAAUAGAUUUACUUAGGGGUUGGGUGGGGUCAGAGUUAGAAGGGGAGUGGUUUAGAAAAGUUAGGGGAUAAAUAUAUACAUUCCCAAUCUGUCCAUGCCUGUUGGCUCUUACUUUGCCUACUUUAGAGCUGAAGAAAGUGCUUGGACCAGCCUUUCUUACCACUGAGGAGAGAGGGAUUGAGUAAGGGAGGAGAGAGAAGGACUGCUAUACACACAAAGUAGCAAGGUACUUUUGAGGAGAAAAAUGGGGCGGCACAGCAAAGCUGUAGUCAUAUUGUAAAUACCUUUUCACGUUACUACUAAUGACUAAUUACUAAUAUUGGUCUUUCGUUUAAUGAAUGAAUGAAUGAGUUAAGGAUUGAAUGAAUACCAAAAGGCAAAUUACUGAAAAAUAAAUGGAUUCCACUUUAUUUUACAGUCCACUACCUGGGGAUAAAAGGCAGAAUCUACCGCACACCCAAAACCGAUUAGUGAAGGUGCUGGAGGCAAAAUGGAAAACUGGAGAAACAGGGAAAAGUCUCUGCACACUUCCAUUCAGAUGCAAAUGUCAUUGAAAUGAAUCCAAAGCAACAUAAGUAAUUACCAGGUAGUGGACUGUUGAAGGUCGACUGACCAAAACCUCAGCUACUAUUAAAACACCAUUGCAUACGAUUUAGUACCAGGUAGUUACCUAUUAUUUUGACGUCUUUGACGAAACUUCCAGGAAGUAUUCAUUGCCACCAUAUAUACGUCCUUAGUAAAUACCAGACAAACUUUUUGCACUUGACUGUAUGCUGCUCUCUUGGCCAGGUCUCCCUCGAAAAAAAUAUAUGAACAAAUAUAGAUUUAAAUAAAGCAUACAUAAAAUCAAAUGUGAAACCGGACUGUAAAAACUGACAGUCGAGUUACUGCAUACCUAAUAUCUCAGAUAACACACACAGGGUCUCCCCCUCACUCCUCACCUUCCAGGGGCUUGACAAUCUGCAGGCGAUUGGGUAGGUUGGAGCGCAAGCCCCCCGAUCCGGCCGAGGAGUGCAGCGAGCUGCCAUUGGAGUAG